AUCCAACCUCGUGCUCUAUAUCUAUCUUUUGCAAGCUGAACUAUAGUUGUCUAUGUACGACAUGUAUGCUUUGACAGGCUGCUCUGGGAAGUUGGGGGGUGCUAUCCUCAAGGCAAUUCUGAAUUAUGGCCUCAUCCCUGCGGACCAACUUGUGAUUUGCACCUCAUCCAAGCCUUCCGAUACCCAAUGGGACUCUGUUAAAUCACAAGGGGCCCAAGUGCGCCAAUCCAACUAUGAUGACAAGCCAUCUAUGGAGAGCGCGUAUUCGGGCUGCACCAAGCUCGUAUUGGUCUCGUCGCCACGUAUCUCCAUGGACUUCAACAACGCUCCUCAUGGGGAGGGUCGCGAAAAGCAUCACUUUGAUGCGAUCGAUGCUGCACGGAAGGCUGGUGUAGACCACAUUUAUUAUUUAUCUCUGGCAUUUGGAUCGGACUCCAAGGCUGGAGUUAUGCGGGCUCACAACCGCACCGAGGAGUAUCUCUAUGGCUUGAAAGAUGUCAAGUUCACAGUCAUUCGCGAAGGGUUAUAUAACGAGUCAUGGCCACUAUACUUUGGGAACUAUUUCAAACUGAAAGAUGAUCCUCGGAAGGAAGUUGUGGUUGCUGGGGAUGGGCCGAUCAACUGGACACCUAUACGAGACCUGGGAUACACCACGGCUUUGGUGGUUGCAGAUUCGUCGUCGAAAUACGAAGGCAAAACAUUCAAUCUUUCAGCACCGACGGCGACGACACUGGCGGAGAUAGCUGAGAUCGUGUCUGAGGUCAAGGGUACUCAGGUGAGCUUGAAAGUUGUUUCGAGGGAAGAGUACGUCAGAUAUUAUGUUGAGGACAUGGGGAUGGAGAGGGGAAACGUGGAGUGGUGGUCUACGAGCUACGAUGCUUUGAAGAGCAAUGAGUGUCAUGUCACGGAUUCUACUCUCAGUGAUCUUUUGUCGAAAAGGGGGUGUAAGCCUCGGUCGAUUCAGGAGACUGUCAGAGCGAUGUUGGCCUGAUUGUGAAUCAGGACAGAGGUCGUGUCAAAAGAGGCCGUCUAUCAUAGCAUCAUAGAAGCAGCUAAUUACUCUGCUCUGUAGCCCUCAACCGUGUUUUGUAUUGUGAAAAGUGGUUCGGCCUCAAUCGCGUUCAGGAUGACAUGUGUAUGCAGCUUGGAUAUAGCGAGGAGGCUGGAUCAAAGGGAUCAAUCAAGCUCUCUGCCGUCGGGGAAGUAUGAGAGUUUCUUUAUGUGUCUGUAUCAGCUAAGGAUAUGCAGCUGGUGCUGAGACUUUGGGUGCCAUUUCCUCCAUCUACGGCGCACAUGCAGCUGAACGGAUCGGCCCGAAGCCCCCAAAACUAAACAUUUUUAAGGUUAAAAAACACGACUUUGACACAUCUACCAAUGGACGGAAACGCGGAUAAAAUCUUGGUCGCAUAUAAAUAUAAAGUAGACAGGG